AUGGAGAAGCCACGGUCCCGACGCGCUCCGCUAAAUCAGUUGCAUGCAAAAUUUGAAUAUUGGGUAUAUUGUUCAAAAUGUUGUGUAAUUAAUGUUGGAUUGCCGAAAUAUCUUCUGAUUAUAGCAAUAAUAGCAUCCUACCAUUCUUGGUGGUGUCUGCUUUCAGGGAUGGACAAUGGAAAGAGCCUCUGUGCCGUUACAAUGAGACAAGUGUGGAUCUGUGCACUGCUUUUGAGCAUCACCUGGCGAUCGAGCCUCUCGCAGGAUCUAGCAGGAAGUGCCAGUGAGGCCGAGAUCAAUAACAACAUUACCAUAUUCACUCGCAUCCUGGACGGGCUGCUGGAUGGGUACGACAACCGACUCCGCCCCGGACUUGGAGAAAAAGUCACAGAAAUCAAGACAAACAUCUUUGUCACCAGUUUUGGUCCAGUAUCUGACACUGAAAUGGAAUACACCAUAGAUGUGUUCUUUCGUCAGAGCUGGAAGGAUGAGCGUCUGUGUUUUAAGGGCCCCAUGAAACAGCUGGCUCUCAACAAUCUAUUGGCCAGUAAUAUUUGGACCCCUGACACCUUCUUUCUGAAUGGAAAAAAGUCCAUUGCCCACAACAUGACCACACCCAACAAACUUCUGAGGCUGAAUGAGGAUGGGACGCUGCUGUACACCAUGAGGCUAACCAUCUCUGCGGAGUGCCCCAUGCAGCUGGAGGAUUUCCCUAUGGAUGCCCACGCUUGUCCACUUAAGUUUGGGAGUUAUGCAUACCCGAUCUCUGAGGUGGUCUACAUUUGGACAGAGGGAGCUGCAAAGUCUGUGGUGGUGGCAGAGGAGGGCUCUCGACUCAACCAGUACCAUCUUAUCGGACAGACAGCUGGGACCGAGGACAUAAACACCAGUAGAGGACGGUAUACAGUGAUGAUGGCUCACUUCUACCUGAAGAGGAAGAUUGGUUACUUUGUGAUCCAGACCUAUAUGCCCUGCUUCAUGACCGUCAUUCUGUCCCAGGUCUCAUUUUGGCUCAACCGUGAGUCCGUCCCGGCACGCACAGUCUUUGGUGUGACCACUGUGCUGACCAUGACCACUCUGAGCAUCAGCGCACGAAACUCCCUCCCCAAAGUGGCCUACGCUACAGCCAUGGACUGGUUCAUUGCCGUGUGUUACGCUUUUGUCUUCUCUGCGCUCAUCGAGUUUGCCACAGUCAACUACUUCACAAAGAGGAGCUGGGCCUGGGACGGCAAGAAGGCUAUGGAGGCACAGCAGCCCAAGAAAAAGGACCAUCUGGCUUUGUCAAAGAAACCCAACAACACCUGUUCGACUGGAGUGAACUACACAGCCAACCUGACAAAGGACGCCUCCAUCUCCACCAUCUCCAACAGCACAGCAGUCCAGCUCAAACCCACUGAGUCCAAGGCCCCUGACCCCAAAAAGACUUACAACAGCGUCAGCAAGAUUGACAAGAUGUCCCGGAUAGUGUUCCCCGUCCUGUUUGGGACCUUUAACCUGGUCUACUGGGCCACAUAUUUGAAUCGGGAGCCCGUCAUCAAAGGAGCUGUGUAA